GUGGUCUAUUAUAAUCCAAACUCGACUUCCGACAACACGCGGGAAAGCGAAAUGAGCGAUUCCGAAGCGGAAAAUGAAGAUCAUGAACAUGACAGCACGCUUCCGACUCGCGAAGAGUGCGAGUCAAGAUGUCAGACGUUUGCGGAGGUCACUGGGACAGACACAGCACUGGCCAUGUUCUAUCUACAGGAAGUAGAAUGGAACAUUGAUAGUGCCCUUAACAAGUUUUACGAAGCACAAGGUGGGCAAGAAAUCAUAAACUCCAAGAGAAAAAUGGAAAAUGAUGAAGAUGAUGUUGGAUCUCAUAAGAAGUCAAGAGAAGAGGAGUCCGACCCAGAACCACAUAGGAUUCGACUUCUAUCUUGGAAUAUAGAUGGACUUGACGAAGUUGCAAUACAAAGACGGACAAAAGCAGUGUGCGAAAUCAUCAAUAAAGAGAACCCCCAUGUCGUCUUUCUACAGGAAGUGACAGCUGUGACUCAAUCAAUUUUGGAGUCGAACUGCUCUGCCUACCAGAUUAUACCUGGAGGAGAUGAGCAAUAUUAUACCUGUAUGUUAAUGAAGGUGGGACAGGUAGAAGUGAUACACCACCAAACGCUGCCCUUCCCCAACACAUCGAUGAUGAGGAACCUCCUACUUGUACAGUGCAAGAUUAAGGAUGAAAACUUUGUGUUGAUGACCUCUCAUUUGGAAAGUUGCAAAGACCAUUCCAAGGAACGUGUGGCUCAGCUACAAAAGGCUUUUCGUGUGAUGCAGAAAUCCUCACAGUCGUCCACCGUUAUAUUUGGAGGGGAUCUCAACUUACGUGAUAAAGAAGUUGCCAAUAUUGGAGGCCCACCUCCAGGUGUCCAGGAUAUCUGGGAGACGACUGGUCAACGGCCAGAAGCAGCUUACACCUGGGACAUGUCUCGCAAUGACAACAAGAUAUUUCCUGGAAAGUUCAAGCCCAAGUUAAGAUUUGAUCGGUUGUACAUAAGAGGGGCAGAGCCACCUGUUAUUGAUCCAGUUUAUAUGGAACUUGUUGGAAUCGAACGUGUUGCUAAGUGUGGAAAGUAUCCUAGCGAUCACUGGGGACUAUUGACUCAUUACAACAUAAUUUCAAAGGUCAAAAAUGUUGUUUCCAAGGUCAAAUGAUCAUGGAAGUUAUUCAGUUAAUUUGUAGUUUUGAAUUUAUAGACUGAUUUUGUAACAGUGGUACAAAUGACAUUUUAAAGCUUUCAUCUGAGCCAGCAAUCAUAAACGAAGGGAAGUAAGUCUUUAUUCAAGAAUUUGUUAUACUAUAUUAAGAAUUACAUCAGUCAAUAUUCAAUAAUCAAAGGUCAUACUUGAUCACUUUUGAAAUGAAAAUGAUUGUGUAAAUAUCUCAUGAAGCCCUCAACAGAUUUAGUUAAUAUUCACAUCAUAGUAUAUACAUACAUGUACACUGUAUUAUAACAUCAUGUUCUAUGCCUGAUUUAUAUUCGCUGUCACUUAAUUGUCUACAUUUAACCUUACAUUAUUGGAGAAGAAAUCUUACAAACACAUGGGAAAGAGAUUCUGACUUCCUGUACGCCUGUUAUGACCAUACUGUUGAUAAGAUGUUAAACAAUUCAAAACCAAACAGACACUCUAAGGGCAGAGGUGGGGACCUGAUGGGGAAAUUUAAGUUAAUCUUUCAAAUCUAAGUAAUAGAUCAAGGAAUGAAUGGGAAAGGUCUGCCCCUUACAAGGAAAUGGAGAUUUUUGACUAAAUUUGAUCAGAUUCCUUGUUGGAUGGAAAAUGUUUCCUGGGAAUGUGUAUCUUUAAUGUCUUUCUAUACAAAGAAACGAAAUAUAAAGAUGUGAAAUUUAGGCCAACUGGAUCUCUUCUUAAAAUAUAUAUUUGUUGAAAGUUAUAUUUAAAAGGAUAUACAUGUACUUCUAACUAGAAAUUAGUGAUAUAUAAUAUCCAUGAUUUUAGGUGUAUGCCUACAUUUGUACAUAUAAACUAGUGGUACAGUAAGAACAUUGAUGCCUGCACAGAAAAUUUGGGGAAAAAAUUGUAAAUAAUUUUAUUAUAUCGAUAGAUUUGAAAAGUUAUACACAUCUCCCCAAAUUUUACACUUGUGCUAAGUAGAUAUGACAGUUGUAAUCUGAUUAAAGAAGAUUAUAUAUGCAAAGACACAUAUUAAAGUAAAAUGUGUGUUCAGCAAUUUACAAUAUAAGGACAGCAAGUCUUUUGGGUAGACAUAUUGCCUUGUACUUUUGUUGUUGCUUCGCCACAUAAAAGAGUUACUGGUAUUAUGAUGGUAACUCAUUUCUUCAAAUGUUUUAUUAUUGACAAUAUUUUAUUUGUUUAAUUUGUACACACAGACUUGGCACAAAUUUCCAACCCAUGGUCCAUAUAUACAUGUAUGUGUUAUAGUAUCGAUACUAUAAUAAGGACCAUGGGUUAGAAUUAGUGUCAGGUCCCUGUGGUUAUUGCAUCAUAAGAUUGUAGAGGUUACGGUGCCAUAUUGAACUGUUACAACCAGACCCAUUUUAGGACAAGAAUGUGAUUGUAUUGUUGUUAGAAAUGAUAAUUUUUUUGACAAAAAGUAAACCUAUCAUUGACAUAC